AUGUCACAGGAACUUUUGGGUACCAAAGUACUUGCAGGUGAGAAAAUUCGUUUAGAACAAUGGAAACCUUAUCAUGAUUCAAUACCUUUAACAAUUCAACAAAUGUUAGAUUAUGCACAAUUAAAACAAAUAAAAUUAGUUCCAUAUGUUUAUCCACCAUUAGGUUAUCGAUCGAAAGGAAAAGAUCAAGCUUGGCUAUUUCCAAGUUCACAUUGUAAAAAUGUUUGUGCAUCUCUAGCAAGUAUAGAAUUUCAACAAUAUUUUUUACAAUUAUUAAUUGAUUUUGCACAAAUUACAGAAUAUAGUCAAUGGCGUGGUUGGCAAUGGAUUCGUACCGAGUUAUUUGUUGCAUUACCAUAUUUAAUUAUGGAUCAUCGUUAUGCAUCACAAUAUGAUGGUCCUUGGUCAUGGAUAACUUUAAAUGGUUAUACAUCACCUUUAUUAAGUAAUGAAAAUCCUGAAACAUAUCCAAUAUUAUAUCCAUCUUUACAUACUGAUAAAAUAUCUGCAGAUUUUAUGCGUCAAGGAAAUGUGGAACUACGUUUCGAACAUUUCGCAUCAAUGAAUUGUAUUCUUGGUUUUAUUGGACAUCAAACAGAACGUUAUUCAUCCAAUGGAAGUUUACCAUGGAUAGAUAAUAAUUUAAGAGAUUUUGAUUUAAUGGGUUUUUCAUAUUCAUUAUUAUCGAAUAUAGCAACAGCUGGUUUAAAUCUUAUUCAUACAUAUAUACCAGCACGUGAUUUACAAGAAUUUUAUUUAUUACCUGAAAAUUUUUUAGAAUUUUGGUCUUAUUGGUUAAAAUAG